GGUUCUACCUGUAACUAAAAAACAAAAACAAAAACCAAACUGCUAUGGUAGAACAUUAAGUAAAAUUUACCCAUCAACAUGGGUGUAGCGUUAACUCGAGCAGCUCAGUGGACGGCGGCUGGCAUCGGGGUCGGCAAGUUAGAAUUUACUCCUCUGAACAUCUCCCUACUGAACAGCAUUAUCAAAUUUGUGGAAUAUGUUAGUUCCAAGCACCCACAGGAAGCCGCUUUGGUAUUUCGGGAACCUCUUGAAUGGAAGUCGAAUUUGGAGAUAUCCGGAUUUGGAGCAGACUAUCAAAUCAGCAAAAGAACUGUUGUAUCAAAAGAAACUGUGGAUGGAAACCCCUUGCUGAUUUUGGAUGAUUCUACUGGUGUCAUCAAAGUAUCCACUUUUAGCCAGUUAGCCAAACUGCUAGAAAUAGCUCAGAAAGAAAAACUGAAAGAAACACAAGCUUGUCUAGAAGCAAACAGAGACCCAAUUGCAAAGAUCCUGGGGCCAAGCUUUGCUACUGUGGAAGGAGAGGACAAAUCAAUGCUGCGUUUAUUGGAAAAAGUGAAGAAAGGUGAUGAGGAACCGGAGGCAGAAGCUCAGAUGAAGUUGUUUCUGCUUCUCCAGCAACUGGAUAUGCAGCUUUUAAAUACUUCUUUGCAGAAAAUUUCACGAGAAGUGCGGCUGAACCCCCAAGCUAUAAAGAAUGAUGUGCAACUGCUCCAGUCCUUCUCUGGAGAAGGAGAUCAGACUGUUUUAAGAUCGAUCAACUACACAUCAGAAUAUGAAUUCUCUAAUGGAUGCAGAGCCCCACCAUGGAGACAAGUGUAUGGAGAUAUUUGCUACCUGAUUAUUAAUACUCAUGAUACUGACACAUUGUAUGUAACCUGUAACACAGCUGGAGUUUACCUGAAUGGGGGUCCAAUAAAAGACAGUGAAGAUAUUAUUUACGACAGAAAUGGUGAUAUCUACAAGGAUCUUAUUACAUUCCUUAAGGAAAAAUCUCCAACAUUUGCAGAAAAUCUUACUCGGGUUCAACAGAAUUUUGUACUGCAAAAGAAAUCCACACCUACUCGAAAGACCCAGAAAGCAGAAGUACCUACUAAUGAGGAACUUGACCAGACUGAAAAGUUUAGUGAAUAUCAGGACAAGAAUAAGUUUGAAAGAAAGAAACCACCACCAAAACCUAAGACAAGGGAUAUAAAAAAAGAAGAAACUUCUUUUGUACAUAAGGCUCUAGAGUCAUCCCAUCGAUUAUCCAUAAAAGAUGAGAAAGCUCAAUUGAAAGUCCAGGAUACUAAGAAGAUUAAAAAAGAAAAAGAAAAUGUUGAGAUGGUUGCAGCUAGGAAAUACAAGUGCAAAGCAGCUCAAGAGAAAGCUCAUUUGAUACAGAGAGUAGUUUCUGAUGGAUCAGAAGAAUUAAGUGAAAGUUCUACAGAGAGUGAGGAAGACAAACAAGAUAUGAACAGACAACAGGAAUCCGGUACUGACUUACCUUCUGAGUACUGGCAAAUCCAGAAGGUGGUAAAAUACCUGAAGGGUGGCAACCAAACAGCGACUGUUAUUGCCUUGUGUUCAAUGAGGGACUUUAACUUGACGAAUGAGACAUGUCAGUUGGCCAUCCGAGAUGUAGGUGGCCUAGAGGUUCUGAUCAACCUGCUGGAUACAGAAGAAACCAAAUGUAAGGUUGGCUCAUUAAGGAUUCUAAAAGAAAUUAGUAAAAAUCCACAAAUUCGACGUUCCUUGGCAGAACUAGGUGGCUUGCAGAUUAUGGUGAAAAUCCUGGACUCCUCUAAUAAAGAUCUCAAAUGUUUGGCUGCUGAAACUAUUGCCAAUAUAGCCAGGUUCAGGAGAGCAAGACAAACCGUCAGGCUUCAUGGUGGAAUUCAACGCCUGGUUGGCCUUUUGGACUGUGUUCCAACUUCAGCUCAUCUAACUGCAGAGCAAGAGAAAGAUAUUGAAGUGGCACGUUGUGGUGCUCUGGCAUUGUGGAGCUGCAGCAAAAGUAAAAAAAAUAAAGAUGCUAUUCGUAAAGCUGGUGGUAUUCCUCUAUUGGCUUGCCUGUUGAAGUCUCCUUAUGAAAAUAUGCUUAUUCCAGUUGUUGGCACAUUGCAAGAAUGUGCUUCAGAGCCAAGUUACAGGUUGGCCAUUCGUACAGAAAAUAUGGUGAAGAAUCUGGUAAGAAAUCUGAGCAGUGAAAGUGAGGAGCUUCAGAUGCAUUGUGCUCGUGCCAUUUUCAAGUGUGCGGAGGAUGAGGAAACACGUAAUCUUGUAAGAACUCAUUUUGGAUUGGGACCACUAGUCAAGCUUGUCAGCAAGUCCGAUAACAAGCAAUUAUUAGCAGCAGCCACGGGAGCUGUCUGGAAAUGUGCCAUCAGCAUGGAGAAUGUAGAAAGGUUCAAACAUUUGAAAGUUGCAGAAACUCUGAUUAGUCUACUCAUUGGUCAACCUGAGGAAGUCCUUAUUAAUGUUGUAGGAGCAUUGGGGCAACUGGCACGAGAUCCGGUGAUUCGGGGUGCUAUCCGGAGAUCGAGUGGAAUCGGUCCAUUGGUCAAUCUUUUAACUGGAACUAAUAAUGCUCUUCUUGUAAAUGUCACCAAAGCAGUGGGAGAAUGUGCUGUUGAUCCUGAAAAUAUGUCGAUAAUUGAAUCUCUAGAUGGUGUUCGAUUGUUGUGGUCUUUACUCAAAAAACCAAAUCCAGAUAUUCAAGCAAGUGCAGCUUGGGCGCUCUGUCCUUGUAUUGAAAAUGCCAAGGAAGCUGGGGAAAUGGUUCGCUCCUUUGUUGGUGGCCUGGAAUUGAUUGUUAAUUUGCUAAAAUCUGAUGAUAUCGAGGUUCUAGCCAGUGUUUGUGCAGCUUUAGCCAAAAUAGCCAUGGACGAAGAAAACCUUGCAGUUAUAACGGACCAUGGAGUUGUUCAAAUGUUGUCAAGUUUAACAUACACAAGGGAUGAUAUGCUACGGCAGAAUUUAGCAGAUGCUGUUGCUUGCUGUUGUAAGUGGGGAAACAACAGAGUUGCCUUUGGAGAAACUGGGGCUGUGGCCCCGCUGGUCCAUUAUCUCAAAUCAAAAAGUCCUCGUGUUCAUCGUGCUACAGCACAAGCCUUGUACCAGCUUUCAUUUGAUCCGAACAACUGCAUUACCAUGCAUGAAAAUGGUGUGGUUAAGCUGCUUUUGAAUUUGAUGGAUUCCACAGAUGAAGCUCUGCAGGAAGCAGCUGCUGGUUGCAUCGCAAACAUUCGAAGGCUUGCCCUGGCUAAUGAGAAGGCUCGCUACAAAUGA